AUGUGCGCUUUACCCAGUAUUUCAUCUGCUCCUUACCGUACACCAUUAUUACCACCAUCACGUUCCAGCUAUCUUUCCGAUUUUAAUCAUCUUAAUAACGGUAAUUCGGUUGCUCCAUCACCUUGCAAUCGCCGGAUAUAUUCAAUGCAACGUAAGCCUCCAUUAGAAGCUGAUACGAAUUUUCAAAAGCAACAAACUCAAGUUCGAAUAAAUAUCUCCAGGGUUAAACUUUCAUUAUUGCUUUUGGCGCUAAUGUCCAUCGUAUCAAUCCUUUUCACCUUUACAUCACUCUUGAGUUUUCAAUCUAUUCAAUGGAGAACAACGGAAUCAUCCGAUUUAGCCACCGAUGGUACACUGAUCGUGCGCAAUGUAAUGUACGAAAUAGCUAGUUCGCUAUCACUGAUCGCCGUGAUAACGUCUAUUUCCACCUUUCUUCUAUCCACCCUGCAACUUUUUUUCGCUCUAAAAAUGCUCAAAACAAAUCCGACAUCAAUCAAAAGGGUAUUAUCAUUUUUAAGUGGUGGACGUUUUCUACGUUGUAUUGUCUAUACUGCAUGGUUUUUCGCAGUACUUUUCUUCAUCAUAGGUAGCAUGUUACAAUGGAUGUUAAUACCAGGACGAGUUGGUAUAAUAUCACGAGGUGUUGGUGCAGCAUUUGGUAUUGCGUCAACUGCGCUCUGCACUGCAGGCCUUAUACAUUGCAUUUAUGUAUGGUGUGCAAGUGAUGAUAAAGAAGUUCAAGAGAGCUAUGUUAAUGGUAAUUUGUCAACAUUGGUUUGA